GUUGGAUAAAUGCUCAUUUGUGAGCUGAAUCAAUCAUUUCAUGCAACAUUUGAGAAGACUAAUUGGUUUGCGGCAGGAAGAUGCGUCUCCUAACGUUGGUGCUGGGUCUGACCUUGGUGGUUCUGGUAAAAUCCAAUGACUGGUGCUACCAUGGUUGUAGUCACACUCCAGAGCAUUGGGAAGCCCUGGAUGGAUCUCACUGUGGAGAAACAAAACAAUCUCCAAUUGAUAUUGUCACCAGCAGCGUUACGAUUGACACAAAGUUGAAUGAUUUCAACUUUGUUAAUUUCUCCUCUCAAAACACCAUCAAGAAUAUCAACAAUAACGGACAUUCAGUGCAAUGUGACAUUGAAGCGAAUGAAGUGGAAGUGAGUGGCGGUGGACUGGAUGGUGAAUAUUCUGUACUGCAGUUUCAUUUCCACUGGGAUGUAACAAACCAGUCAGGGUCUGAACACGCUUUAAAUGGCCACCGUUAUCCAAUGGAGAUGCACAUAGUCGCUGCAAAAAAAGGAGUUCCCCUGAAUGAGUCUCUGAGUCUUACAGAUGGACUUGCUGUUCUUGGGUUUUUUAUUGAGGCAACAGAAGAUGAGAACUUAUCUUGGCCGUGGAAAAAACUCACAUCCUACCUGAAAAGCAUCACAGAGGAGGGCUCUAGUGUGAAAGUAGACGACAUCACUAUUGAUGAUCUGAUCGGUAACGUGGAUCGCACAAAGUUUUAUCGAUACAACGGCUCUCUGACGACACCCCACUGCGAAGAGGCUGUCGUCUGGACGCUCUUCCACGAGCCCAUAAAAGUUCACAAAGAUUUGCUUCUGCAUUUUUCCUCUGAGAAUAGCAUCGCACCAAACUACCGUCCGAUCCAACCUCUUAACGAACGAAUCAUCACUGCCUCCCCCGCAGUUUCUUCUCAUCUGUGGUGCUAUCACAACCACUGUAAUUACGCUCCGUCUCAUUGGUCUGAACUGCCCGGCUCCCACUGCGAUGGUGAAAGCCAGUCACCCGUCGACAUCAGCACCGAGAGCGCCGUGGAGAACAGAAGUCUCAGUUCCUUCAACUUUACUCAUUUCGACAACAAGCAUGCCAUAAAGUCUAUCAUCAAUAAAGGCCACACAGUGCUGUGCGUGUUGAAGGACGAUUUGGUGGAGGUGUCAGGAGGGGGGUUGGAUGACUUCUACUCAACUCUCCAGUUCCACUUCCACUGGGGAGCCCACUCCGCCGAUUCUGAGGGGUCAGAGCACACCGUGGAUAAGAAACGAUACCCUAUGGAGAUGCACAUCGUGAGCAAGAGGAAGAAUUUGACAAUGGAAGAGGGUCUAAAGACUCCUGAUGGCCUGGCAGUGCUGGGGUUUUUCAUCGAGGUUGCAGAAUCUACUAAAAGCACAUCCUCCUCAGGUCCUGCAGAAACAGCGUCGCCCACGUCGAGUUCUGCCUCCAACAUGGAAGCCUGGAAAACUCUGACUCGUUACCUGUCGGGUAUCAAAGACCUCGAGUCAGAAGUCGAAGUCACAGAUGAGAUUUCGAUCGACGGCUUGCUUGGCAACGUGAACCGUGAAUCCUAUUUCCGCUACAGCGGCUCCCUCACCACUCCUUCCUGCAACGAAGCCGUAGUUUGGACAGUCUUUAAAGAACCAGUUAAAGUGGACCGACACCUGAUGGCGAUGUUCCCGGAGAAUGCAGGACAUCACAACGUCUUCCGGCCAGGUCAGGCUCUUCGUUCCAGGAAGAUCUACACCACGGCUGCAGCCUCCAGGCCUGGACCGGGAACUGGACCGGGAACUGGACCGGGAACUGGACCGGGAACUGGACCCGUCUGGGUUUACCUGCAGCUGCUGCUGCUGCCGUGUCUCUGCGUUCUCUUCUCUUAAGGUCCGCUCGUGGAAAAACAGAGUUAAAUAUGUGAAUUAUUCCUGAAAGAUUAUCUGCUUGCAAAACCAAAUUUCAUCAGUGAUGUAAAAGCCUGAGAGGUGAUUUUAAAUCUGUUUAGUUAUGUCUGCAUGUCUACAAUUUAUAUUUAUGAUUUUGCUGUUUCAGUAUGUAAUACAGAUUCUGCCUCAUGUAUCUUUGUUUCAAAUAAUUUCAUUAUUGAUAAAUAUAAAAUUAACAAAACAGAUUUUAAAAAAUACUUUUUUUGUGAUUUUUGAUGUUUCUGUUAAAACCAGGGAGGAAAAAUUGCUCUUUUUUUGUUACUUUUUGAAAUAGCAUGAUGUAUUAUAGCAAUUAAUGUAAAUGUUUUUUUAGAAUCUAUGACACUAUGGGAUUCUUUAGCAUAAUUUAUUGUCAUAAAGGUACUCAGAGGUAAGGUUUGUUAUGAGAACAGAAUAUUUAAGAGCAUAAAGCCCUUCAGGGUGAAAUGUGCGCUUCAGAUUUAUUUCCAUUACAAACCUGAUGGUGAUAUUUUAAAAUCUAAGACAAAAAAACAGAAAACCAAUAAAUAAAAAAACACACUGAAA